UGCCAUCUUAGAAACACUGACUCUCACUCUGCUGGCAGAGAAAUCCGACCUCAAAUUGUACAUAGUUCCUAUUCCAAUUCCCAUUCAUACAUACACCAGUAAUAGCAGUGAAGCAUGUCAACCAUUAAGAAAAAAGGCCCUUCCCAGGCUGAGAUUAUGAUCAAAGUCUGCAGUGAGAUUGUAUCAGAGUUAAUUCAAGCUCAUGAAGCAGGCAAGGAUAUUAAUCUAAACGGACUCAAGCAGCGUUACUCGCGCAAGCACAAAGCUCAGAACCAGCCUAAGCUUGUAGAUAUCAUUGCUGCUAUUCCGGAACAAUAUAAAGCUGUGCUUUUGCCCAACUUGAAAGCAAAGCCCGUCCGAACAGCUUCUGGAAUUGCUGUGGUGGCGGUCAUGUGCAAACCUCAUCGUUGCCCCCAUAUCGCUAUGACAGGAAAUAUUUGCGUGUAUUGUCCCGGAGGUCCUGAUUCAGAUUUCGAGUACUCCACACAAUCUUAUACAGGGUAUGAACCUACGAGUAUGCGUGCCAUCCGUGCCCGUUAUAACCCGUUUGAACAAUCAAGGGGACGACAAGAUCAGCUUAAGUCUCUUGGACAUAGCGUGGAUAAAGUCGAGUACAUUAUUAUGGGAGGAACAUUCAUGUCUCUACCAGAGGAUUACCGGGACUGGUUCAUCAGUAACCUACACGACUCUCUCUCAGGACAUGCCAGUAACGAUGUGGAUGAGGCUGUCAGGAUGUCGGAAGUCAGCCCCAAUAAAUGUAUUGGAAUCACGAUUGAAACCCGGCCAGACUACUGUCUAAAGCCUCAUCUAAGUCAAAUGCUGAGAUACGGCUGCACUCGUCUUGAGAUUGGUGUACAAAGUGUAUAUGAAGAUGUGGCACGCGACACAAAUCGAGGACAUACUGUCAAGGCUGUCACCGAGUCAUUCCAGCUGGCAAAAGAUGCAGGAUUUAAAGUCGUUGCUCAUAUGAUGCCCGAUCUACCUAAUGUAGGUAUGGAGCGUGAUAUGGAUCAGUUCAAAGAAUACUUUGAGAACCCGGCCUUCCGCUCUGACGGAUUAAAGCUCUAUCCCACGCUUGUUAUUCGUGGAACUGGACUCUAUGAGCUCUGGAGGACAGGGCGCUACAAGAAUUACACACCUAACUCUCUCGUGGAUCUUGUUGCAAGGAUCUUGGCGCUUGUUCCACCGUGGACUCGUGUUUACAGAGUGCAGCGUGAUAUUCCCAUGCCCUUAGUCACGUCUGGAGUAGAGCAUGGCAACCUAAGAGAGCUGGCAUUGCAGAGGAUGAAGGACUUGGGGACUGAAUGUAGAGAUGUCCGUACAAGGGAGGUAGGUAUUGUUGAUAUCCACAACAAAGUCAAGCCCGAUCAAGUAGAGUUGAUCCGCCGUGAUUAUACUGCUAAUGGAGGGUGGGAAACCUUUUUGAGUUAUGAGGAUCCAGAACAGGACAUUUUGAUUGGAUUGUUGAGACUGAGGAAGUGUUCGCCUUUGGCCUUCCGUCCGGAGUUGACCAAAGCAGGACCCACUUCUAUUGUUCGAGAGCUGCAUGUCUAUGGAUCUGUGGUACCUGUGCAUUCAAGAGACCCCUCAAAAUUCCAACAUCAAGGCUAUGGUACUCUUUUGAUGGAGGAGGCCGAGAGGAUUGCAAGGGAAGAGCACGGAAGCGUCAAACUGAGCGUCAUCAGUGGCGUGGGAGUACGAAACUACUAUGCCAAGCUUGGAUAUACUCUUGACGGCCCUUAUAUGUCCAAGAUGUUGGUGUAGUUUGACGAGGCAUCCCUACC